AUGGCAUUUCCCCCUGUCACGCUAUAUGUGUGGCUCUACGUGUUCCACUUUGACCUCAGCAACCAGAAAUCACCAGAGUCUAUCGAGGAGGACCGCAUGAAUAAGCCGUGGCGUGCUAUUCCCUCAGGUCGACUGACUGUCGAAGACGCUGAGAAAUGGUACUUGGUGGCAACGGCAUUGUUGCUCAUAGCCACAGGGACCUGGCUGGGCGGUUUCCCCGAAGCACUGGCAUUCAUGGUUGAGACGUGGGUGUAUGACUCGGCUGCUGGGGCGAGCUCCUGGUGGGCCAAAAACAUCAUCAACGCACUUUUCUACUCCACGGGUCAACUGGGCGCAACACGUGUGGCGGCUCAGUUUGGUAUGGGAUGCGAGAUCACCCGGGCUGGGCUCGAGUGGUGCGCCCUGCUUUGUCUGAUGACCCUGACGACGGUACAGAUUCAGGACCUGCGAGACCAGGAGGGUGAUGGUGCGCGCGGGAGGAAGACUAUGCCCUUGGCAAUCGGCGAUGGGCCUUGCCGUUGGCUCACGGCUUUUUUCAUCCUGUUCUGGUCUGUUGCAUGCCCUUUUUACUGGGCUGGAACUCGCAUUAGUGCUGCCUAUGUGCCGCCCGUUCUGGUGGGAGGUAUGAUAGCCGCAAGAAUCCUGAGGCACAGGAAUGUGGCGGAUGAUCGGAAGAGUUUCCAUUACCAUACAUUGGUAUGGUUGCCAGUCCUGUACUCAGUUCCACUGCUGAGCAAAAUCUAG